GAGUGAAAGUGGAGAGCAGGCGGCCAGGCGUGUUUCAACAGAUGGCUUCUGCAGCGGCGGCGGCUGCAGCGAGGAACUGUGGGACGGAGGAGGAGGAGAGAGGAAGGGAGGGGUGCUAGGAAGUCCGAGUCCGGGAGGAGAGGAGGAGAAAACCCGCCGCGGCGCCUCCUCGACCCCCUCCGCUCCUUCUGUACAGACGCAGGGAGCCAACAUGUCAGCCUGAGCUCAAGUUUGGAGGAUCUGUCUCCCCAGAGGAGCCGCACUUUUAUGGAGGACGCUGUGUGAUCUUCAUCCUCCUCCUCCUCCUCCUCCUCCUCCGAGACAAGGACACCUGCUGACAGCGAGGAGCUCCUGGAGGAGGUGCCACAGCAGCAGAAGGAGACUCUGCGGGGGUGGGGUGAGGGGGAGCAGCUGACCGGUGACCUCUCAGGGAGGUCGGAGGUUGAAGGUCAUGGCGGCCCGGCUCCUCCUCUUCCUGUUGGCCUCGGCGACGCUUAGCCACGCCCAGUUCCUGUCCGGCCAGCGCCUGAAGCCCCGCCUCCAGAGAGAUCGCCGGAACAUCCGUCCGAACAUCAUCCUGAUCCUGACUGACGAUCAGGACCUGGAGCUGGGCUCCAUGCAGGCCAUGAAUAAGACCCGCCGCAUCAUGGAGGAGGGCGGGACUUCCUUCUCUAACGCCUUCGUCACCACGCCCAUGUGCUGCCCGUCACGCUCCAGCAUGCUCACUGGGAAGUACGUCCACAACCACAACACCUACACUAAUAACGAGAACUGCUCCUCGCCGUCAUGGCAACGGCAACAUGAACCCAGGACCUUUGGAGUCUACCUGAACAACACUGGCUACAGGACAGCAUUCUUUGGUAAGUACUUGAAUGAGUACAACGGCUCGUACGUGCCUGCUGGGUGGAGGCAGUGGCUCGGUUUGGUGAAGAACAGCCGAUUCUACAACUACACCCUGAGCCGCAACGGAGUCCGAGAGAAGCACGGAGCUCAGUACCCGCAGGACUACCUGACGGACCUGAUCACGGCUGAGGGGAUCCGUUACUUUCGCUCCUCGAAGCGAGUUUACCCCCAUCGGCCGGUUCUCAUGGUGCUGAGUCAUGCGGCGCCCCACGGACCUGAAGACUCCGCUCCACAGUACAGCACGGCCUUCCCCAACGCCUCACAGCACAUUACUCCCAGCUAUAACUACGCUCCAAACCCAGACAAACACUGGAUCAUGCGUUACACCGGCCCCAUGAAGCCCAUCCACAUGGAGUUCACCAACGUGCUGCAGAGGAAGAGGCUGCAGACUCUGCUGUCUGUGGACGACAGCGUGGAGAAGCUGUAUAACAUGCUCGUAGAGACGGGCGAGCUGGAGAACACCUACAUCAUCUACACGUCUGAUCACGGUUAUCACAUCGGGCAGUUCGGCCUCGUCAAAGGUAAAUCUAUGCCAUAUGAGUUCGAUAUCAGGGUGCCGUUUUUCAUCAGAGGACCCAACGUGGAGCAGGGCAGCAUUAACCCUCACAUGGUCCUGAACAUUGACCUGGCUCCGACCAUCCUGGACAUCGCCGGCCUCGACACACCGCCAGACAUGGACGGCAAAUCAAUCUUGACACUGCUGGAAACAGAAAAACCUGCCAACAGGUUCCAGGUGAACAAGAAGUCAAAGAUCUGGAGGGACUCCUUCCUGGUAGAGAGAGGGAAGCUGCUGCACCAGCGGGUGGAUGGAAAGGAAGUGUCGCAGGAGGAAAACUUCCUGCCCAAACACCAACGAGUGAAGGACCUCUGCCAGAGAGACGAGUACCAGACCCCCUGCCAGCAGACCGGACAGAAGUGGCAGUGUGUGGAGGACUCCUCCGGGAAGCUGCGACUCUACAAGUGUAAGCACGAAGGGGGCGUGGCCAAACCCCCCCAGAGGGGAGCGAUGGCCCGUCAGCGUCCGCUCAGCAUGAAGUCCCGCCUCUACGUCCCGAGUUCGGACGCCUGCAACUGCGACCUGCGCGGCGUCCGACCGCUGCGGCCGUUCAACAACAAGCCCUUCUUCUCCAAGAAGAAGAUGAAAGCGCUGAAGAGUUUCUCCAGGAACCGGUACAGCCGCUCGCCGCCCCUCGCCAACGGUUACCCUGGCAACAGCAGCCGGGAGGGCGAGGAGGAGGAGCUUCAGCCGGCGAGAGGCGAGGACGAGUUCAGCGGGAUGGGAGGAGUCCCCGACGUCAUGGUGCAGUCCAACUCGGUCAGAGUCACACACAGGUGUUCCAUCCUGUCUAAUGCCUCGGUGCAGUGUGACAACGGAGUGUAUCGCUCCCUGCAGGCCUGGAAGGACCACAAGCUGCACAUCGACCACGAGAUUGAGACCCUGCAGACCAGGAUCAAGAACCUGAGGGAUGUCAAAGGUCACCUGAAGAAGGCCCGCCCCCUGGAGUGUGACUGCAACAAAUACCUGUACAAAUCCAAACUGAAGAACAAGCUGCGGUACAGAGGAGGAGCCCUGCACCCCUUCAGGAAAGGCGGGGCUCGAGAUAAGAAGGCGUGGCUUCUGAAGGAGCAGAAGAGGAGGAAGAAGAUGAGGAAGAUGAUCAAGAGGAUCAGGAACAACGACACGUGUUCGAUGCCCGGACUCACCUGCUUCACACACGACAACCAGCACUGGCACACGCCGCCUUUCUGGACGCUGGGUCCAUUCUGUGCCUGUACGAGUGCCAACAACAACACUUACUGGUGCCUCAGGACAAUUAAUGAGACCCACAACUUCCUGUUCUGUGAGUUUGCCACCGGCUUUCUGGAGUACUUCGACCUCACAACAGAUCCGUACCAGCUGAUAAACGCCGUCAGCUCGUUGGAUCGCACCAUCCUGAACCGGCUGCACGUACAGCUGAUGGAGCUGAGAGGCUGCAGAGGACACAAGCAGUGCAACCCUCGCACACGCUCGGUGGAGCUCGCAGGAGGACGAACGGACGGAAGGUUUGACAGCUACAGGCUUUUUGAGAGGAGGAAGUGGCCCCGUGUCAAGAAACCAUCGUCUCGAACCUUAGGUCCAAUCUGGGAUGGCUGGAAGGGUUAAGGAUCCCGAUUGGCUGGAGCAGGCUCCUGGCCCCGCCCACAGCACCCUGAAGGAGGAGGGCGUGGUCGUCAGGAGACGGCGACCUCCACAAUUCUACUUUUCACUCGGUCUGUCAAUCAUCUUCUGCCACCUCAGUGACAUCUUCAGGCCCCGCCCACCUGGCUGCUCAGGGAGACGUAACACUGAUGCUCCUCCUCCUCCUCUUCCUCCUGCUGCUGCUGCUGCUCCUCCCACUUCCUGUCCUCCCCUCUAACGCCGGAGACGACGUUAGCGGGCGUCUUCUCGCUCUUUGUGUUCUUACUAAAAAAAAAGAAAAGAAAAAACUGAAACUGAAGAAACUGAAAUCACUGCUGAUGUAAACACGACGUCAAACGUUUCUCCUCCACUAACUUGAAAUGUGGGUUUCCGUGGCGACCGACGACUGAGUGAUGGCUGUACUAACCGGGAGGCUGACUCCAGUACCCAUGAUGCAAUACUGAAGAGGACAUAAAAAAAAAAAAAGAAAACUCUGGACGAGCCAAUAAAACAAAGACUGGAUGAUGAUGAUGUCAUCACGAUAAAAAAAAAGUUUGUGAUUGGCUGAGGUCUGCUUCGAUCGAGUCGCCGGCCAAUCAUCUUCAGUUUAUCCAAAUCGGACAGAAAGUGAGACUUUUGAAGUGUAAAAAACUAACAUAGAGAUUGUUUCAUACAGGAGGAGUGUGUGAGUGUGUGUGUGUGUGUGUGUGUGUGUGUGUGUGUGUGAGAGCGAGAGAGAGAGAGAGGAGGAGAGUUGGAGUGUGUGAGUCUGUGUGUGUUGGUCACUGAUGGAUUUCUUCGUAUUCACACACUGAUGAUGUUUCAGUGAACUUCCUGCCUCCUUGUGAUUGGUUUCUAGAGUGUGUGAAGCCCCCCCCCCUCCCCCCUCCUCCUCCUGUGGGGGUCAGUUUGUAGUAAAGUCGUAUCUCCGGUUUAACCCUGAUUGUAUUUUUGUAUUUUCGCUCUGCGGUGCUCUUUGAUCUCUAACGAAGACCUCACACACUCUCCACAUGUGUUUGAAUGUAUUCCUCGUCGUGUAGAUGUCGUUGCUAAUGGCACACACACACGUAUACACUUGUAUGUAUACCCAUACACGCAUAUGUAUAUAAUACAUACACACACACACACACACACACACACACAUACACACAUACACACAUACACUGAAGGACAAACUGCAGAGCACUUUGAUUGGAGGAUGGAGGACUGAAUGGACCAAUAGGAGAGCUGCUGUUAGUGAUCUAACACUCUGACCUGUGGACUCACUGAUGAUCGCUGUAGUUUGUGAAUAAAGUGUCCAACAUCA